UCCGGGUGGGAGAGGGUGGUGGUAGAGGGAGGUAAGCAUUUACACGAACGGUAAGGACGGUGAAACUCGACAUCAACGUCAGUCGACUUCCUGCCAGGGACAACCAGUAAUGGCUAGUGCACGUGUGCCCGUUUUUUCAACGGUGUUAGCACGAAUAAUAUGCCGAAAUGUAUACCAUCGAUACUGUUUCACCAGGUUGAAUGAAAGCGAUGCAAAGAUGAACAAAAUAACGUCGAAAAGACAGCAUCGCAGAUCGAUAUUUUUUACUUUUGGGUUUCUUUUAGUACUGUUACAAACAAUGAACCGUGGAUUGACGGAAGUUCGGGCCGAGAUUUUUACCAACAGCUUCCUUGUAAGGAUGAGAGAACCUUCAGCUAGACAUCUGGUUGACCAAAUCGCUUACAGAAAUGGAUUCGUCAAUCUUGGCUCGGUUUUAGGAAGUCAAACAGAAUUUCAUUUUGUGCAUAGGGCCUUACCUAAUGUAAGAAACAGAAGAUCCAUACCUCAUGUGCGAAGAUUAAAGGUAGAUCCAAUGAUACAUACUGCGAUUCAGCAGUCGGGUUUUAAGCGAGUGAAGAGGGGAUACAAACCUUUAAAGGUAGACAAAAUGAUUCCAUUGUUGAAUGAUAUCAAGAACGCAGACGGUGAUUCAGUGAGUCGGGACCCCACAGAUCCUUAUUUUCAGUAUCAAUGGUAUUUAAAAAAUACAGGUCAAAAUGGAGGUAAACCAAAGCUUGAUCUAAAUGUAGAGGCCGCCUGGGCUCAAGGAUAUACAGGCAAAAAUGUCACGACAGCCAUCAUGGACGAUGGAGUCGAUUAUAUGCACGCUGAUUUGAUGUAUAAUUAUAAUACAAAAGCAUCUUAUGAUUUUAGUAGUAAUGAUCCAUAUCCUUAUCCGAGGUAUACAGAUGACUGGUUUAAUAGUCAUGGAACUAGAUGUGCGGGUGAAGUAGCUGGGGCACGCGAUAAUGGUGUUUGCGGGGUAGGCGUCGCUUAUGACUCGAGAAUUGCCGGUAUUCGGAUGCUUGAUCAACCAUACAUGACUGAUUUAAUUGAAGCCAAUAGUAUGGGUCAUGAACCUAAUCUCAUCGAUAUUUAUAGUGCUUCUUGGGGACCUACAGACGACGGAAAAACCGUCGAUGGCCCAAGAAAUGCAACAAUGAGGGCUAUUGUUCGAGGAGUUAACGAGGGGCGCAAAGGCUUAGGGAACAUAUACGUAUGGGCCUCUGGCGAUGGUGGGGAAAAUGAUGAUUGCAAUUGUGAUGGCUAUGCAGCCAGUAUGUGGACCGUAAGUAUCAACAGUGCUAUUAACGAUGGUCAAAAUGCCCAUUACGACGAAAGCUGUUCAAGUACUUUAGCAUCAACGUUCAGCAAUGGAGCAAAAGAUCCAAAUACUGGAGUGGCAACAACUGAUUUAUAUGGACAGUGUACUACAACUCACAGUGGAACUUCUGCUGCUGCUCCAGAAGCAGCAGGCGUAUUUGCUCUUGCUUUAGAAGCUAAUUCACAGCUUACUUGGAGAGACAUUCAACAUUUGACUGUAUUAACAUCCAAAAGAAAUUCUCUUUUCGAUGCUAAAGGUAGAUUUCAUUGGACAAUGAAUGGAGUUGGUCUUGAGUUUAAUCAUCUGUUUGGAUACGGCGUUUUGGAUGCCGGUGCUAUGGUUGCUUUAGCAAAAAAUUGGAAAACAGUACCACCACGGUAUCACUGUGAAGCAGGAACUAUUCAAACAACUCAAGAAGUACCAAACCAUAGAUCAAUUUUAUUGAAAAUUAAAACUAAUGCUUGUAGUGGUACAGAAUAUGCAGUAAAUUAUCUUGAACAUGUACAAGCCGUUAUUUCACUUAAUGCUACUCGACGAGGAGACUUGGAACUUUUUUUAACAUCUCCAAUGGGAACUAGAUCAAUGAUAUUAAGUAGAAGAAUAAACGAUGAUGAUCAAAGAGAUGGGUUUAAUAAAUGGCCAUUCAUGACUACUCAUACCUGGGGCGAGUAUCCGCAAGGGACUUGGCUACUUGAGGUGAGUUUUAACUCGCAGUUGCCACAACACGGUUGGAUUCAUGAAUUUACAUUGAUGUUACAUGGCACUAAAGAGCCACCUUAUGCCGGGCUUUCAACUGCAGAUCCUCAUUCGAAAUUAGCAAUUGUUAAGAAAGCACACGAAGAGCAUAAUACCGUCAUGUAA